UCCUGGACUAAUCAGCGCUCGCCUCCGUGUGUUCAGCCAUUUUGUAAGAAAACCAAGCAAGUCUGCCGCCCUACCUUCGCUUCAGACCUGCAGUUUUUUUCUUGUGCAAUGGACGGCCGCCUAGACGCUGACUUGUACCCUCUGGGAUCCGGCUACGUCCCUGAAAUUGACAGUGUCCAUGACAUAUCAGCUGGCACAAAGAGGGGAUCCGACGAACUCUUUUCUUCCUGCAUAUCCAACGGACCCUAUAUCAUGAACUCAGCCAAUGGCAACGACAGCAAAAAAUUCAAAGGUGACGUCCGCAGUCCUGGUGUUCCAUCACGUGUGGUCCAUGUACGCAAGCUGCCCAACGACAUAAAUGAGGCUGAAGUUAUUGGCCUGGGGCUGCCCUUUGGGAAGGUCACUAAUCUGCUGAUGCUGAAAGGGAAAAACCAGGCAUUCUUGGAACUGAACAGCGAGGAGUGUGCACAGACGAUGGUGAGCUACUACUCCUCUGUUACCCCUGUCAUCAGAAACCACCCCAUUUACAUGCAGUACUCGACCCACAAAGAGCUCAAGACGGACAACUCCCCAAACCAAGUGCGUGCCCAGGCAGCUCUGCAGGCAGUUAAUGCCCUUCAUGGAGGAGGAAUGGGAAGUGUGGCCAUUUCUGCUGAUGCUGGUAGCAUGGCUGGAGCAGUGUCAGCCCAAAGCCCUGUGCUCAGGGUCAUAGUGGAAAACCUCUUCUAUCCUGUUACCCUGGAUGUACUCCACCAGAUUUUCUCUAAAUUUGGUACAGUGCUGAAGAUCAUCACUUUUACCAAGAACAACCAGUUCCAGGCUCUCAUCCAGUAUGCUGAUGCCAUGACAGCGCAGCAUUCCAAGAUGUCUCUGGAUGGACAAAACAUCUACAAUGCUUGCUGUACUCUGAGAAUCAGCUUCUCCAAGCUUACCAGCCUCAACGUCAAGUACAACAACGACAAGAGCAGGGACUACACCCGACCAGACCUUCCAAAUGCAGAUUCACAGCCCUCCAUUGACCACCAGGCCAUGGCAGCAGCUGCGUUUGCUGCACCAGGUAUAAUCUCAGCCUCUCCCUAUGGUGGCGCUCAUGCCUUCCCCCCAACCUUUGCUAUUCAGCAGGCAGGUCUCUCAGUACCCGGUAUUCCUAGUGCCUUGGCGUCCCUCGGUGUGGGCCACACUGGCAUGGCGGCGGCAGCAGCGGCCGCUAGCCGGCUCGGCCUGUCAGGGCUUGCUGCCGCUGGGGGCCACAAUGUCUUGUUGGUCAGCAAUCUGAACCCUGAGAGCGUUACGCCACACUGCCUCUUUAUUCUUUUCGGUGUGUAUGGCGAUGUGAUGAGAGUGAAGAUCCUGUUCAAUAAAAAGGAGAAUGCUCUAAUCCAGAUGUCUGAUGGCACACAGGCUCAACUAGCUAUGAGCCACCUGAAUGGCCAGCGUCUUCAUGGCAGGGCCAUGCGUGUGACGUUGUCAAAACACACAACAGUGCAGCUUCCCAGAGAAGGCCACGAGGACCAGGGCCUCACAAAGGAUUUCAGCAACUCUCCACUGCACCGUUUUAAGAAGCCUGGCUCCAAAAACUACUCCAACAUUUUUCCACCCUCUGCAACACUCCACCUCUCCAACAUACCGCCUUCUGUGGUGGAGGAUGAUCUCAGGAGGCUAUUUGCCAGCUCAGGAGCAACAGUCAAGGCCUUCAAGUUCUUUCAAAAAGAUCGCAAGAUGGCUCUGAUUCAGAUGGGCUCAGUCGAGGAGGCAAUAGAGUCCCUCAUCGAGUUCCACAACCAUGAUCUGGGGGAAAACCACCAUCUUCGAGUGUCCUUCUCCAAGUCCACCAUCUGAGUGCCUUUCCUUUCAUCCUCCAAGUCUGUUGCCAUCUGAAUGAUACCACUCUUGAGGUUGCAUUCAGUGGAAAUGGCCACCAUUACCUAUUUAUAGCUGUUUCUUUGAUGAAUGUUGCCCCUUUCACAACAAAUCAUUCACCGUCAUUAAUAGGUUCAACAUUGUUUAUUCAUUGUGAUUCUCUUCUAAGCUUAAGAAAAUGGGGGGGGACAACUUAAUUUUUUGUUGGUUGAGGUUGUAAAGUCUUAGGUUGAUGUUGUAAAGUCUUAAGUUGAUGUCAAAGCUUUUUAAAUUAAAGUGUAGAAAAAUGACUGACAUAAACUGGUAGAUGACUUCCGUAGAGCUAUUGACUUUUCAUCCUUUGCAUCCUUUCAUGAGUUACUAAACAUUGCCCGUUUAAUUUAUCUGUUUAUCUGACAGCAUUCUGUCAUUUAGAGACUCCUUGCUUAAACUGUAGCGUUCGUUCUCACAAAUCCACAACAAUGACGGAGAGAGCCACAAUACCUGCAAAAGACUUGUGUGAACAAGUACUGUCAGUAGCAAUGCCAGUGAGGUGUAACCGCACUUUGGAAUAUUCUUUCUGCCAUUGUCACUAAGAGCAGGGUGUGUUUGUUGCACAAUGCUGAUCAUAGGACUGCACACCGCUCCUCCCACAGACACUCAGAGAUCUCUCAUAGAUGUUUCAAAUAUGCAAAAUGUUACUAUCUACAUUAUUGCUGUUUAAGGCAUUCUCUAGUGAGCUGUGCAUCUAACAGAUGUACUAGAGACAUGCACAGUGAUAAUGCUGUGACUGCACGCGCUCGUGUGCUGAAAGUCUUACAUAAGGUCCAACCUAGUAAGAGUGCUGUCACAGCUUUUGUAGGUUAAGUGGCUAGGGUGUUCAUUUAGCACAAACCCGACACCUUUGGAUGCUGUCAGAUUAUUGGAAGGGAUUGCAUGUCUGAAAGGGGCUUAUCGCGUUGUCCUUUAAGCUUUGUUACACUUGCUAACUUUUGUAACAAUGGAAACUCAUGCAUUCUUGCAAAUGAAACAAUUCAUCUAAAACUUGAUAAAAGCUUUAUUAGGAGGUCGGGAUCAAAUCCAGUCUAACAUUUAAUAAUUUUUCCCCCCACCAUAAGUUUGCAUAUGGGGUCCUGGGAAAGAGGCAACAUUCUACAAUGAAACAUGUUUGUAUUUUCUUUUUCUUUUUAAAUUGGAGGUAAAGUAGAGGCAGCUGUUGAACUGUCCUUUUAAGACCAAAUCACUUAAACACCCUCCGCCACAGAUGUAUGCUUAUGUGGAUGAAUUGUAUCCGCACCAGACACACUUCAGCAUUCCUUUUUAUUACAGUAGUUGUGUUGAGAUACGUGUGUGUGUUUGCCUUUUUGAAAUGCCACUUAGAACCUGUUUGGCCAGUGAGAAACGGUUUGAGACAAAGGAUUAAGUUUUGACUCGGAGACCAUAAAACUUAUUUCCCAGCAUCCAUUUUUAUUUUACUGUGUGACUUUCCACCUAUUUACUUCUGGGGAUCCAUACCACUAUCAAAGGUUAUUCAAUAGUCCUGUUUCACAGCAGCUGUUUUAUGUGAAAUGGAAGUAAACACAAGUGUUACUAAUGAUAUUAAUGAAGGUUUAAGUGCAGAGCCACAGUUAAUGUGAUUAACAACACCCUCCUAUUUCAUAACAACAUCACUGCUAUGAAAGAGGUCUGGUUGAAUGCAUUCUUUCGCUGUCUUUCUCUCUACAGUCUUGUGCCUUACUUUGAAUUUGUUCCAGAUAGAUUUGCUCUGGCUUAAUUUGGUAAUAUAUGGCUCUCAAUUUUUAUUUUAUUUUUUUGUCCUUUGGUUUGUACCAGCAUUGUUAAAAUGGGGAAAAGUGGCUCAUUUAAUCUUCUGUUUCUUGUUUAAAAAAAACAAAUGUUUAUCUCUGUAUGCAUAUAGCCCCAUUAUAUGUAUCUAGAAACUAUGAAUGUAAGUCAGUUAGAUGCUUAAUAUCCUUGCUAGGUGAUGUAGCUCUGUUAGGUGUAUUGUUGCAGGUGUAGAGCUGUAUUCAGCCUUUUUGUCUUACAGUCUCCUAUCACUUAGUCCUCAGGACAGUUGUUUGGAGCCUCAUUUAACCACAUUACGUUCAUAUAUAUAUAUAUAAAUAUAUGUGGACACAUAUAUUCAUUUAUCUCUUUUAAAUGUUAAAAUUUACUUGUAUCACUUCUAAGCUUAACUGAUAGCUAUUUGUAGUAGCUGGGUUUGAUUGCUAUCUCAGUGCCUUGACUCCUUAAGUUUUUAAUUUAAGGCUGAAACGGGCACGAUUAGUUGAUUUUGUUUACCUCUCAUUCAGGUGUUUGUAUCUUAGCCUGUCUACAAAGAUGCCUUUAUCCCAUUAUAUUCAGGUAAUCGUACCUGUGAGAGGGCAGCUCUGACUCACUUGUCAAUUGAUGGUAAUAACAGUCUUGAAUGGUGUUUGAAAUCCCAGUAUAUCUUUUUUUUUUUUUUUCCCCUUAAAUUUAUGAUACCAGAAUUGCAGGGUGAGAGAGUCCUCACCCAGUACCCUGUCGGUGUACACUUAUGCCACAGUCAGGUGCGUUUAGUGCACUUUUUUCUCAACAAUAGAUCCACCACGCUGAAGUCUUACACGUUGUCACAUUCCUGUGUGCCUCAAGCACCAGUUUCCACAGCCUUGACCACUGUUGUCUUGGACCAGAUACAGAUGUGCUCUCUCUAUUUUUGUAAGAUUCUUAUGCAUGAUUUAACAAAGCUUCAUGUAGCUGCAGACGGUUAUUGCUGUUAAGGACCAAAGUAUGUUCUACCCCUGCUGUUUUGUAGCGUUCUGAUUUCUUAGGAGUAUUUUUUAUUUUUUUUGUCUCGUCUUUCACCCCCACGUUACAACAAAUACGAGGCAGUUCCAAGUUCUAUUCCUCAGAUGCUUUGGAAAAAGUCACAUUAAUUUAAAUUGUCUUUUGAUUAACAACAUAUACUGUAUAUUGUACCCCUUUUGUUUGAUUGACUUUACAAAGAGCCUACUUUGGUAGAGAUUGCUUAGAAUGAAUACUUAAUUGAACCGCAGUCCUAGCUGUGAUGUUGUGUAGAAAAAUUGUAUGCCUUUCAAUUUUGUUAAAAGCUUUUACUUUUCUCUUUUCUUUUUUUAUAUGGGGCCUGGGGGUGGGGGUAUUGUAUGAAGGGGGUUGAUGGUUGUAUAUAUUCAUGUUUUUGUACCACAAAAUCAUUUGGAGUAUAUCCACAUACGUUCAAAACAUGUAUAUUUUGAUAAAACAGCACAGACCUAUUAAGCUCUCCUGAGCUGUAAAACAGAAAAAAAAAAACUUUUGUAACACAAAGACAUUAAACCUAUAUGAACACAGAAGUGUCUCUGUAUGUGCCCCACUCCCCCUUGCCAUUCUGAUCUUGUCUCUUGCAUCUUCUGCUGCCUUCAAUAAAUCUUUAGUUUGUUCUUUCUUU